AUGAGUCUGCCUCAGACUCCUUAUAAACACAGCUUGACUCAACCACUCUAUGACUGGCAUCCUUGGAACAUGAAGUGGAUACUGUUCUUUGGGGCCCUUAUUGGGUCUGGCAUUUGUGACCAAGAAACAUUUUCUGGGCACCAGGUUUUCAGAAUUAACGUCAGAAAUGAAGAUGAGAUCAGCAAACUCAAUCAGCUAAUGAAUUCAGACAACCUUAAGCUCGACUUGUGGAAAUCUCCCUCUACCCUCGGUCAUCCUGCAGAUGUCCUGGUCCCUUCUUUCAGUCUGCGGGAAGUCAAAUCCUUCCUGGAGGACCAUGGCUUAGAGUACUCAGUGACCGUUGAAGACCUGCAGACCGUUUUAGAUAGUGAAGACCGAAAACUGCAACGCAGUGUACGCCAAGAACUGAGCAGUAAUUGCUUUAACUAUGGGGCCUAUCACACCCUGGAAGCUAUUCAUAAAGAGAUGGACUUCAUUGUCAAAUCUUAUCCUCGCUUGGUGAGCGCGGUGAAGAUUGGGCAUUCAUUUGAGAACCGGUUGAUGUAUGUACUGAAGUUCAGCACUGGAAAAGGCAGCCGGCGGCCGGCCAUUUGGCUGAAUGCAGGCACCCAUGCCCGUGAGUGGAUCGCACCAGCCACGGCAAUCUGGACUGCGAGAAAGAUUGCAUGUGAUUAUGGGAGAGAUCUGGCCAUCACCUCCAUCUUGAAGAAAAUGGAUAUUUUCUUGUUGCCGGUGGCCAAUCCUGAUGGAUAUGUGUACACUCAUACUCACAACCGAUUAUGGAGGAAGACACGGUCUGUAAAUCCUGGAAGCACCUGCAUUGGUACUGAUCCAAAUAGAAAUUGGAAUUCUCAUUUUGGAGGAGCGGGAACCAGUAGGGACCCUUGCUCUGACAUGUAUCAUGGACCCCAUCCCCAUUCAGAAGUGGAGGUGAAAUUGGUGGCAGAUUUCAUUGCAGAUCAUGGGGACUUCAAAUGCUUCAUCGACCUGCACAGCUACUCGCAGCUGGUGAUGUAUCCAUAUGGCUACACGACUAUGAGAGUCGGGGAUGCUGAUGAACUGGAUAUGGUGGCGCAGAAUGCAGCCAGAGCUAUGGCUUCCUUGUCGGGCACUCAGUACCGAGUGGGUUCUGUCGGCUCCACUAUCUAUGCAUCCAGUGGGAACAGUAUUGACUGGGCAUAUGAUAAUGGCAUCAAGUAUGCGUUCACUUUUGAGUUGAGAGAUACUGGUUUCCAUGCCUUCGUUCUGCCAGCCGACCAGAUUAUCCCCACUGCACAGGAGACCUGGCUGGGGCUGAAGACCAUCAUGGAGCAUGUGCAGAACAGCAUCUAG